UUAAUGCUACCUUGUACUGCGUACUCUAAAGCAAGUCUACCGAAAGGCUAACUUAACCGAAAAUCUACCAAGACGCAUAACGUUUUCUGACAAAAGUUGCAAGACUAAAAGGUCUCUGUUCCCUGGAACAGACAACGGAGUUAUCGCACCAUUAGCGGGAUCUGAAGACUACAAACGCAAAAAGGAGCUGUGGAAGCCGGUGCUCACCCAGAGUGGAUGUUCUCAUGAUGAGAGGUUCAUCCAGAGGGCCUUCUGUUCUCAGCCUGGAUGAUCACUGCGCCUGGACUGGAACUGGUGGUAAAUUAUACCACAUUACAUAAGUCUUAUUCCAGAGCAUCUCAUUCUAGAAUAAUGUACACAAGGGGCUGGUAAACAUUUUUACAUUUCGGCUCUAAAAAGCAACUGACCUUUGUUUACUAUGGAUCUUCCUAGAAUUGAAUCUCUGCUCUCAACAGAACAAAAGCAUUUGCCAACUUUUAAUUCUGGCCAAAUUAAAGUGGAGGAUGAAGACUCUCUAUUAGGCAGUCUCUGUGACAAAACCCCCUUUAACCGCCAAAAGCGCAAUGGAACCACUGCACAAAAUGAAUGUGUUAAAUGGCUCAAUGCUGCAGAGAAGGACAAGGAAGUGAGACCUGUUUCUGAACAAAAAGAGCCCACCAGCACCAUGAUUAAGACCGAGUAUUAUGAAAUAGAUCCUGCAAAGUCAGAACUACCUGAUGAGACGGGAGAUUACAUUACAUUAGAUGAACAAUAUACUGGAAUGUCAUCUGCUCUCAAGUGCUCUGACAAAGUAAAAAUGGAGAAAAAGGAUCUAAGUGAAAACUCUAUUGUCAGAAAGGAAUGGUUCUGUUUGGAAUGUGGUAAGAGCUUCAGUCAGGAAAGAUACCUGAAGAUACACAAGAAGGCUCAUGUCAGAAGCAAGCUUAAAUUUGCAGAAAAGCAUAAAAACCUGGGGAUUAUCUGCAUGGAGUGCAAGAAAACAUUCACUCAGCAUAGCCACUUGCAAAAACACAAAUUAAUUCACACAGGAGAGAAACCAUACUCGUGUGAUGUAUGUAAGAAGAGUUUCCGACAAAUGGGGACUUUAACAAUUCAUCAGCGAAUUCACACGGGGGAAAAACCUCACAAAUGUCCGAUAUGUGGGAAGGCUUUCAGGCACUUGGUGGGCAUGACAAACCAUAAGUCAACUCAUACAGGAGAGAAACCAUAUUCUUGUGCUGAAUGUGGGAAGACUUUCAGACUUUUUGUUAACUUUAAAAGCCAUGAACGUAUUCAUUCUGGAGAGAAACCUUAUUGCUGUUCUGUGUGUGGAAGAAGUUACAGAUUGUCUUCAAGUUUAAAGGUGCAUGAGCGAAUUCACACGGGAGAAAAACCAUAUUUUUGCAAUGACUGUGGGAAGGCUUUUCGUAGCAGCAGUGACCUUGGAAAACAUAAGACGGUUCAUACUGGGGAGAAACCACAUUCUUGCACAGAAUGCAUGAGGACAUUCCGAACAUUUGGAAACUUUAAGCAGCAUCAGAAAAUUCACACGGGAGAGAAACCAUACAAAUGUCCUGAAUGUCCAAAACGUUUUAUACGUUCAAAUGCUAUGAAACAACAUCUGAGACUUCAUACAGGAGAGAAACCAUUCUCCUGUGCUGAUUGUGGAAUACGUUUUAGUAAUUCAGCAAGCCUUACAAGGCACCAAGACAGAAACCAUUCACUUAAAUAGUGUGGGAAAGGUUUCAGAUCCUUAAGUUCGCUAACAUCAGAAAUUGGCACCGCACAGUUGCAGCAAGUGUCAGAAGACAUUUUUGCAUCUGGGACUGAACACUACAUCUUAGAAUUCACAUGGUUGAGCAGAUGCAUACCUGCAUUGACUGUGGGAAGCAUUUUACUCAUGUAGGGUCUUUAAAACGGCAUAUGAGUAUUCACAGAAAAGGGACAUUCCUGCACUGACUGAAAAUGUUUUUUUGUUUGUGGAGGGCCUUGACAAUUCAAGAACAACUUGAACAGUCACACUCAAGAUAGAAUACACCCCCUUGUAUUAAAUGUGGUAAGUGUUUUAAGUAUUUAGCCAGGUUUAAAAAAACACCAGGAAGGUCACAUAGGUCAGGAUUAAUCAUGAAAUAUAAAUGUAUACAUCAUGGCCCAUCUGCUUUCGGUUACUAUUUUUGAAUAUGGUAUUGAAAUCAAAAAUAAGUAUAGAUUUUUCAGUUUAGCGGUCCAUUAGCAAGAGCAAGAAGAGAAAUCGGAGAUGAUUGACUUCAACUGUAGGAAGCCUGCAAAAUCAAGUUCCCAAAAGUUCAGGGCCAGACAGUAGAGGGCAGCAUUGAUACUUGAAAUAAUGAAUCAUGAAGCUGUAUCCAUUUUUGGAUCAAUUUGAAAAAUGUUCCAUGUUUGCAAUAAUGGAAGCCUCAAAGGAACAUUCAUACAGCAUAUGGGAAUUAUUUUCCAUUUAGGAUUUUCAAUUGAUUGUCAAAGCUAGAAGUGGGUUAU